AUGGACCCAUCCGUGAGACGGGAUCCGGAGCUGGAGGGUUCCGCGGAGAGCUCGCUACCGCAGCCUGCGCCUGCCGGGCCUCGUCCGCGUCUCCCUGCGCACCCCUCCGCGAGCGAGCCCGUGCACCACUUCGAGCGGGUUCAAACGCUUCCCCAUCGUCCUGCCGCGCGCCCCGCCUCGCCAGAGUAUUCGUGGGCGCCUGCUCGUGUUGCGUCGAACCGCCCGGACGGUCAGCCGCGGCAGGAGCGCGGGUGCUCGCCUCUGCGGCACCCUCAACAGCCGCCCUCUCCUCGCCGCCCUUCUCCUGAGCGCAGGCCAGCGCUCACCGCGAGCGCGAUCCCCCGCGCAACGUUCUCCUCGGCGAUCUCCGGCGACGCCGGGGAGGGGGUCGCCUGGCAGGCCCGGGCGAGUGGGGCGCCGACUCACGUCCAUAUUGAGGUGACCAACGGUCCCCCCUUCGCCGCGGACCCAGGCCAGGUCGCUCCUCUGCGUGCGCCGACGCUGCGCGAGUAUCAGCCCGCGCGUGAGGGGAGGGCUCAGUUCCGCACCCCCCGUCAGGUUCCCGGCUUCUCUGCGCCGCGCUUGGCUGUUGGCCGGACUCCUGGCUGGCCGGCGGCGUUUCCGCGCGAGGCGCAGACUGCACCUCUCCCCACUCGCGCGGGGAGAGACCCCAUGCUGACCAUGUGCCGGGUUCUGAAUCUGGCGGAGGCGUGCGAGGUGGUGGCGAACUUGCAGCUGGCGGUGUGUGGGGCCAUGAGGAGCUUUCCGAGCAGUUUUGCGCUGGUGUACCGUCACGAGCUGGGCAUGAACUAUGCGCGCGUGCUGCCCAAUCUCAUCGUCGGCUCCUGCCUGCAGGCAAGUGCCCUUGCUUGCCGCCUCUACUACUACCUCAAAUCUCUUUCCCCUACCACCUUUUCCCCCUUGGAUCUGGACCACCUUCGGGACGUGGAGGGCGUGGGGGCGGUGCAGUGCCUGCAGCGUGACUCUGACCUCGAUUACUUCGAUCUGGAUAUCAACCCGAUCAUCGAGCGGGCGGCAGAGCGCGGCGACAUUCGGCACUUGUGGACGGAAAUCAGCUGCCAAGGGCUGCUCCACGCCACAGCACUGCAUCUUGGCUGUCCCAUCUUCCCAUCUCGUUCCUCCUUCCCUUUCUUCUCUCUGUCACUUGAACCAUCCCAACCUUCCCACCCGCCCCGUUCUCCCAGGGACUUUGACCCCUUUGAUCUGCGCAUGCAGCUGCCAAGGGCUGUAGCAGCGCUGCACAAGGCAGUGAUGGAGUGUGGAACUGCGUAUGUGCACUGCACUGCCGGCCUCGGCAGGGCCCCGGCUGUAGCGGUGAGGCUUGGCUCUAGCGUUUGUUAUCAUUGCCAUCUCCGCCCUCUCCGCCCUAUCCUCUUCUCUGCCCUGCCCCUCACCCCCCUUUCUGCUCCUCUCCCCAUCUAUGCUCUUCUCCCCCUUUUCUGCUCCUUAUCCGUCUUCACUCCUCUUCACCCCUCUCCACCCCUGUCCACGCCUGCCCCACUCCAAUCCUCACAGCUUGCCUAUAUGUGGUGGAUGCGCGACCUUCAACUGGAAGAGGCAAAUGAAAUCCUGCAGCUAACGGGCAAUCCCCUGGAGCAAGUGGAGAUCAACUGGAGGAACCGAGGAGUCAAUGAGACCGUGGAGGUGGCGGGGCUGGAUGUCGGCUGGCACCAUGUGAGUGGCUGGCCAGUGGCUGCCUUGUGCCAUGUGCUGGCAUGCCGGUGGCUGGCAUUGUGCCGUGCUGUGAUCGGCACAUACUAUUACAAGCAUAUCGUGAACGGCACACACUGGUCAUACAACCCCGAUGCGCCUCUCACUCCACCCGAUCGUGACUACAAUGUCAACAACUACAUCGAGGUCGUGGGCUCUUCGCUUGACCCAGCAGCACGUGACCUGCGGAAGAGGAUUAUGCAGGAAGGGGCUCCUCUAACCCAAGAAGAUAGAGCAGCAGUGGUUGCCAAGAUUAUUGAGAUUGCAGGGACUUGGUAG